AUGACCAUUAGUUUACCUGAAAAUAUGGCAAACCCUCUGAACUUGUCAGUUAUUGGACUCAACUCCGGCACUAGCAUGGACUCGGUUGAUAUUGUUCUGUGUCGAUUUAAACAAGAUGAUCCGGCGUCACCGCUCCAUUUACAACUGGUUUUGUACGAUGAGAUGCCCAUGCCAGUCGAUUUGAAGAACCGUGUUCUUCGAUUAAUUCGUGAUAACGAAUCUUCUCCUGAGGAGUUGUCACAGGUGAAUGUACAACUCGGCAUUACAUUUGCUGAUGCUACUACUGCUUUCUGCAAGAAGCAUGACAUCAACUUGAAGUCAGAAAUUGAUCUGGUGGCUUCGCAUGGUCAAACCAUUUGGUAUGUGUCAAAUCCAGGUCCAGAUCAAACUAAAUCGGUUCUCACCAUGGCAGAAGGAGCAUAUAUUGCACAAAAACUCUCAAAGACAGUGGUGAGCGAUUUCCGUAUCUCGGAGCAAAGUGUCGGUCGACAGGGUGCACCUAUGAUUGCAUUUUUUGACGGCCUGUUACUUGCACAUCCCACUAAAAUGAGAAUUUGUCAGAAUAUUGGCGGUAUUGCCAAUUCUUGCUUCAUCCCUCCCGAAUCAGCUGGUGGUUUGGACAAAAUUUUCGAUUUUGACAAUGGCCCUGGUAACAUUUUCAUUGAUGCCGCUAUGAGACACUUUACAGACGGUCAAAUGGAGUAUGAUGUUGAUGGUGAAUGGGGCAAAAAGGGCACGGCAGACGAGGAAAUGGUCGCUAACUUUCUUGAAAAUGAAUCAUAUUUUAAAAGAGCCCUGCCUAAAACCACCGGUCGAGAGCUGUUCGGGGACGGUGUUUCUAUUGGUCUCAUUGAAGAAGGCCUGCGUAGAGGGUUGUCUAAAUAUGACAUUAUAGCCACUAUAACCAGAAUUACUGCACAGGCUAUUGUCAAUGACUAUAAUCGGUUUGGAGCUGGCUUGCCACCAAUCGACGAGCUCUACCUCUGUGGAGGAGGUGCUCAUAACCCAAACAUUGUAAACUAUAUCCAGCAGUCGUUUCCCAACUUGAAAAUCCUCCCCCUCUCUAUCACUGGUAUUCCUGGCGGCGCCAAAGAAGCUGUAACAUUUGCAUUCCAAGGUUUGGAAGCCAUCUUAGGUCGUCCAUUAAUCAUCCCUGACCGAGUGGAAAACAAAGUUCCCGUCGUUGUGGGCAAAGUGACCCCUGGGCCCAAUUACCGUAAACUCCAGGCCGUAUCCUCCAACUACGGCAUCAACUACGAAGACGACUACUUGCCACCAGUUCGAAAACUUAUUAUUGAUAAAGAAUGA